CACACACACAAGACGGGGGAAUAGGUGGGGUGCAGCGUUUCCGGUUCCGCCAAAGCGGCCAGGGAGGUGUUGCAUAGACGGUGCGCUGUGUUGAGAGAAUGUCGUACAAAAACAGAAGCACAUUUGCCACGCUGCCGCGCACUCAGCGUGGCAUGCCUCUGGUCCUUGGUGGAGAUCCAAAGGGGAAAAACUUUCUGUACACAAAUGGAAACAGUGUGAUCAUAAGGGAUAUUGCUAACCCGUCACUCUGUGACAUUUACACGGAGCAUUCUCAAAUGACAACUGUCGCCAAGUACUCGCCGAGUGGGUUCUACAUUGCUUCUGCUGAUCAGACUGGGAAAAUCCGGAUUUGGGACACAGUCCAAAAGGAACACAUCUUGAAAAAUGAGUUUCAACCUUUUGUUGGUAUUGUCAAAGACUUGGCGUGGUCGCCAGACAGCCAGAGAAUCAUGGCUGUAGGCGAAGGUCGUGAAAGGUUUGGCCAUGUGUUCAUGGCUGAGACGGGCACCUCAGUUGGUGAGAUUGGUGGCCACAGCAAACAGAUAAAUUCCUGCGACUUCCGGCCCACCCGGCCCUUUCGUAUUAUCACUGGCAGUGAAGACAACACUGUUGGCAUUUAUGAGGGACCUCCUUUCAAGUACAAGCUGACGAUCAGCGACCAUGCUCGCUUUGUCCAGUCUGUUCGGUUCUCGCCUAAUGGGGAACUGUUUGCAAGUGGAGGCUUUGAUGGAAAGAUGUUCCUGUACAAUGCCAGCACAUAUGAAAAAGUCGGUGAAUUUGGUUCUCCAGCACAUAGUGGUGGUAUUUAUGCUGUCUCUUGGAGUCCCGACAACACCAAGAUUCUUACUGCAUCUGGAGACAAGACCUGCAAGAUCUGGGAUGCGAGCACGUUAUCAGUUGUAACGGAGUUUGUCAUGGGUGCGGACGUCAUGGACCAGCAAGUGAGCUGCCUUUGGCAAGGCGACUACCUGCUUUCAGUGUCUUUAUCAGGAUUCAUCAAUUACCUCGAUGUCAACAACCCUGAGAAGCCACGAAGAGUGGUCAAGGGCCAUCACAAGUCCAUCACGGCACUUGCUGUGAGUCCAAACAGAGAAACAAUAUACACUGGGAGUCACGAUGGUUGCAUCAGCUUCUGGGAUGCUGCAUCGGGAGACCAGGAUAGAGUGUCUGGGAACUGCCAUAGCAACCAAGUACAGGACAUGUGCACUGGCACGGACUCCAUCUACACUUGUGGCCUAGAUGACACUGUGCGGUCCAUAAACUUGAUGUCAAAUCAGUACUCAAACCUGUGUGUCAAAAUGGACUCCCAGCCACGUGGCAUGGGUACAGCGGAUGGAAACUUGGUCAUUGUGGCAGACAUUUGCGAGAUCUCGUUGGUGGAAAAUGAGAUGAAAGUUGCAACGCAUCCUGUGGACUAUGAACCAAGCUGUGUCACUGUGCAUCCCCAGGAGCCAGACUUUGCUGUUGGCGGGUCUAGGGAUCACAAGGUACAUGUGUACAUCUUGAAAUGUCACAGCAUAACAGAGAAGAAAGUUUUGGACCACAGUGGAGCAAUUACAGAUGUCAGAUACUCGCCUGACGGCCAGUACCUGGCUGCGUCUGAUGCCAACAGGAUGGUUCGUCUGUAUCUCAGCUCAAGCUAUGAGCUGGCUCACAAGCUGGACUGGUGCUUCCACACAGCUCGGGUGAACUGCAUUGGUUGGUCACCCGACUCAAAGUUUCUUGCUACUGGUAGUUUGGACACUGGUGUGAUUGUCUGGAGCACAGAGCACCCCACAAAGCAUAUCAACAUCAAGAAGGCUCAUCCCCAGAGCCAAAUCACCAGGCUAGCAUGGUUGGACAAUUCGACAAUUGUGUCGGCUGGCCAGGACAGUAAUGUGAAGAUUUGGGAGGUGACAUUCUCCUGAAGUGGGGUUCCUUUCGACACUGCCACUACACAACACAGGCUUGCAGUGAGGCAAGGCUCUUGCCUUGGCCUUUAUGUUUUUCCCCUCACUUUGUUUUGGAACAGUUUAUGUUGGGUUUGAGCUCUUCCACUUCUGCGCAUUGCAUCUUUGACAACUUGUUUGUUUUGUUUAUGCAUGUAACCAGAUGUGGUUUCAGAUCAUGUUUUUUUUUUUUGCAAGCUUUAUUCAUGUAUCCGGGUUUUUCUUUUUUUGCUUUUUUUAAAAUUUUAGGUGUAGUAAAAUGAAAGUGUGAUGCAAGUAAAUUAUUGAUGACUUGGAAGCAUAUGAGAGGCCUUCUUUUGGACAAAAGAAAAAAAAAACAGGACAGACAAAAUAACUGACAGAUUCCUAGUGUUUUGAAGUGCUUGUGUUGGCUAGGGUUAUAGUGCCUAUGUACCUGUGUAAACUGAACUGAAUGCUGUGUUUGGACUAACUUGUGGAUUUGUUGUGACUUUUCAUUGGUAAUGGACUUGAGUUCAAAGCAGAAGAAAACGCUCGUGGACGUUGCUGAAGAAUUCUUGUUGUUGCAGUUUAGUGUUUUAGUUGAGUCAGUUGCUUUAUACUCUUUUGUUUCUUGCUUUUUUUUGGUUGAGUUCAAAAUGGACCCUUGUUCUUUUGGUCACUGUUUUGAUGUAUGACAUGCUUUUGUAAGUUUUAUUCAGUGAAAACAUGCCUUACGUGAAGCCUUAAAUAAGAAGGAUGCCUUGCCACAAUCUUAAGCUUUUCUUUGUGAAUGACUGUAGUUUUUUCAGUGUGAGUCCAUGGAAGUUGUGUCACUUGCAGCAAGUUGUCCAGUAUUUAUUGUGGCGUGAAUGAUGGGAUCAAGAUAAAAAAAAAAAGAUAUGUAAGCAUUUUGAUGAUGGUUUUUGAAGCUUUUCUUUCCAUGCUACAUUUUGAGGAGUACUGUGUGUAUUUUGUUAACUUUUAAAAAAUGCAGGUUGCCUUGCUAAUAAAAGGGGAAUUAACAUUUCA